UCGGAAUUAUGCAUAAAAAAACCAAAGGGAGUACAGUUCGCAGGACGCAGGAAAGUUUUCUGCAGACAAAUGUUUGCCGCUUUUCUUCUCCACCGCGACCGAGUCCGCUUAGAAACUCCCCAAAACUGAGCCGCGGGUGCACAGCGGGCUACGCACACUCCGACCAAGCACAAGGGCACCGAAGAAGCUCUUCGCUGAGUAACAGAGGAAGAGAGGAGGAAGGGAGAGAGAGUGAGAGAGAGAGAGACUGAGAUAGAGAUCCUAUCUCACUCUCCUAGUUGAGGUUUUCAGCGGAUCGCGUCCAGCGUCUCGCAACUGCAGGACAAUGUCUAGUAAAGCGACUUUAGCAUUAUUCAUCUAUGGAAUCAUAAUGCAUUACAGCGUCAACAGCUCACCUGUGGGGCUUAGCUUUCCCAGUCUUAGACUUGACGGCGAUGUUUAUGAUGAGGACGGCAAUUCCUUACCGUCCCUGGAUUACGACAGAGAUCAACUGGAGGCGAGGAGCGCUCCGUCUGUCGCUGACGACGUCUACACUUUGUACUACCCUCCGGAAAAAAGAACGGAAAGACAUGCAGACGGCAUGUUUAAUAAAGCCUACAGGAAAGCGCUGGGUCAGUUAUCAGCAAGGAAAUACCUUCAUUCUCUGAUGGCAAAACGUGUAGGCGGGGGGAAAAUGUUGGAUGACAGCUCAGAGCCCCUCUCCAAGCGACACUCAGAUGGGAUCUUCACAGACAGCUACAGCCGCUACAGAAAGCAAAUGGCAGUCAAGAAAUACCUGGCGGCGGUCCUUGGGAAAAGCCUUGAAGACAUAGGUUUUCACCAUAUCCUACAAGAAAUAGACUUUGAUGCCCUCCCGGACGGGGAUGAGUUUGAGGCUUUUUUGGGAGAAUGGCUGAAACAGUUCUCUCCCGAAAUCCCGGUGAGUUUCAGGCUCUUUCCUGAGGCCGUGUCCUUGCAAGGGGCUUCUUACGCCCCUCCUUUUUUUCCCUCCUCACCUUCAGCUCUCGUUUCAAACACUCAAAACUCAAACUCUUCUUCCACCUCAUCUGUGCUCCUGUCUCUCUAGACUCUCACAGAUUUUUACUUUUGAUUAACGCAUCUAUCCACAAAAAAAAAAGUGUGGAGAGAUGAAAAAAAAAAAGUAAUUUUAGUUGGCUGGAAAACAAAUGCCAAUUUUGUUAAAGUAAAUUUGGGAGGCUUGUCAAAAUAAAAGCCUCCAAAUCUGAGAUGAAGACCAGAGUACUUUUGAGGUUUUUCUUGCCCUUUUUCUUCCUCAGUGUUUACAAAGUGAGCACACACACACACAUACACAUACACACACACACACACCUUUGACUCAUGUAAAGUGCCAAUCUUGUGUUUUCUGGAUUCUGUGUUUUGGAAACCUCUUAUUCUGCUAAAGGUUUUCUCACGCCUCUCUGCCCAUAUAAUAAGUAUCACUAACAUCUCAAGCACCAUCAGGCAAAUUUAAAAGGAAAAAAAAAAGAAAUGAUACUUGUUACAUGGUAACUUAUUCAUCAGUUUGUUCUUUGUGAGAGACAUAACGAGGCAGUUUGAAGCUUUGUGUUUGAACCUUCUGGGUCUAUUGUGCUUCCAUUCUCUGUCAUGUGAACCGAUGUAAAAACUACAGUAGAUUGCAUGAUUAAAGUAAUUGCACUAGCCACCGCAUCUGUGCAGACGACUCCAACUAGAUGGUUUUGCUUGCUUUCUGACUACUACAAACAUACACGCCUUUCAUUUCUGGAUGUUGUUUUGUGUUCUGUUUUCCUCACUUUUCCCUCACAUUUCUACACAAAGCUGUAUGUCCUUUCUGAAUGUACUGGCAAGAGUUUCCCAAUCUAAUGUCAUACUUUAUGGGUUUGUUACUUAGGCAAAGGAGAUUUUUGUAAUCUACUGUUGACUUGUGUGUGAGAAAAAAAUAACUGUGGAUGAUUCAUUUUCUAGUAUCUUUAUACGGCAAAAGCCACAAUGAUUGAUUAUAUUAAAAAAAAGAGAAUGAGGAUAUGAUGUAAGCAGGGUUAGAAACACACAAAGAGAACUGAAGUAAGGGAAGCAGGGGUGGGUCAAAUGACAAAGAACAUGCUGAUUUUGAAAGGGAUCAGGGCAAGUUUAUACAACCAGCAUGGUUAGACCAAAACCAAAGUCUUAGUGGUCCCCCGCCGCCCCUCCAAUCUGCACACUUCUUACCAAAUGUGUUAGGAAGGAAUAACAGCAGGGUAAACGUCUCCAAUUUGUGUUUACUGUAUCAAUCUUUCUUUAAUUUUGCAUUCCCCUCUAGGGUUUGUGACGCAGGAAGCAGUUUGCGGCUGUGGUGCCUUGCAUCGACUUUAAAAUCGCCAUGAAUCCUAGAUGGCUAUUUAGUGGCCCUACAAUGCUGCACAUCAUCAGCUUACAUUUCACCCUUUUGUUGUUGUUGCUGUUGUUUUUGUGUUACACAGAUGUUUGAUAUAGUCUUAAGCAUCAUUCAUCUUAGACGUCAAGCACUGUUGCUUGCGCUGCUUUCUUUUUGCACUUUGUGUUUAGAGCACUAGAUGUGGAUUUUUUGUGAAAAUAAAGAGAAGAAGCAGUUUCCCGCACUCCAUAAAACAUUAUAUGUAUGGUAAUUCAAAGCGCCAAUAGCCUUACAAAAAUGAAAUAAUCUUCAAAGAUAUAUAUAUAUAUAUAUUUACUGUGUGGAAAGUGAAUAUUAGACUACAUCUUCGAAUGGCCGUCUGCAAGGGUCAACUCAAUAAAUGUUUAAAAAAAAAAAAACGUGUUGUAAGAUUUGUAUGAAUAAAUUUUUGUAAACAACAAAAAA